AUGAGACAAAGAUGGUGGCUUGAGUUAAUAAAAGACUAUGAUUUGCAAAUUUUGUAUCAUCUGUGGAAGGCGAACACAAUUGCGGAUGCUUUGAGUCGCAAAUCCAUGGGCAAUUUGUCAUGUUUGCUCACCAGCCAGAAAAAAUUAUUGUGUGAUUUGGAACGAAAUGAAAUUGAGGUAGUUUUGUGUAAACAGGAUGAAAUCCUAGCUGCCAUUUCCGCUCAACCUGCAAUCAUUGAAGAAAUUAGAGAGAAAGAGCUUGAUGAUGAGUCUUUGAAGAAGAUUAUGGAUGAAAUUGACUCAAAACUGAAGCCGGGAUUUGUGAUUGAAAAUGGUGUGCUAAAAUUUCAUAAUAGACUUUGUGUACCGGAUUGUUCUGACUUAAAGAAACGAGUUAUGACUGAAGCCUACAAUUCUAAAUUUGCUAUGCACCCAGGAAACACAAAGAUAUACCAUGAUUUAAAACAGAAUUUCUGGUGGCCUGGAAUGAAGAAGAGCAUUGCUAAUUUUGUGGCUAGAUUGUGCCAGUAUCCAUUGUAUCUGACAGAGAUUCGAAGUUCACGUCAAGAUUUUAUCAAAGUUUACAACAGGCUUUGGGAAUUGAACUGUGAUUAA